AUGUCCUUUAUUAAUCAUCUUAUUUGCAAUAAAUGUUAUUAUAAUAAGAGAUCGGGCAACCGACCUUUUUAUUUAACACAAUGCGGCCAUAUCUUCUGUCAUCAAUGCAUAAGUACAGGAACGAGUACAUGUCAGUGGUGCCAGACACCAGAUGUUCAGACUGUGGAAUUAACUGAACCACUACCACCAGCAAUUGUUUAUUUAUUCACUCCACGUCAUGAAUUUUUGCAGAAUAUGGCUAACGUUGCCAAUUUUCAAUUUAAUCAGAUGAUGAUAUCGGAAAAGCUUUUAGAACAACAAGCCGAAAAAUAUAACACAUUGAAACGUAUGUUCUGGGAGCAACGUAAAACAAUUUUAAAAAUUCAACAAAUGAAACAAAAACUCACAACUUCUAUCAAUGAGUUAUUAGCAACUCAACAAAGCCAUUAUCAACCAGCUACUAACUCUGCUACGUCUGAUGGUAGAUACAUUCAACCUGAAAGUUUUUUCCGACAAGAUAAUGCUGUUUCAAGUAAUUUAGGUCAUGUUACACAGAAUCAACGUCCUAAAUAUCCAUUCGGCAGGAAAGUUGCGUUCGUUAACCCGAGUAACCCUUACAACACAGUUUCUCCAUGUGAUACUUAUUCUCCAUUAACCAAUAUAAACACUCCUAGAAGUAUGAAUACACCUAUAACACCAGACACUGUACUUUAUAGGGCUAAUUACAGAAGAGCACACAGGUCUGAUGGUGGAUCAACCACCACUUUCAGUAAUAUAUCUUCAGGCAUAAACUUAUUUUAA